AUGUUCGUUGGAAGAAGAAGCAAAGCUAUCGACAGUGACGGAAACACCUGCUACUCCUUGAGCCAAAGAUCAUUAUUAACGUGGGUUGUAUAUAAAGAGGAACUCCUCAGUUUACAGCUUGCUGACCGUGACUGUGAUUUGUGGAUCCCACAGAUCAAAGCCGCCGAGACUGCGCCAGGCGAAUUGCAGUUUAUGACCACUCUUGUCGUAUUUUUGCUUUCAUUGACAAUUAAGGAGUACGGGCCACACACGCUCUUUGUAAAUCCUUGUUGUCUCCCUAGACCAGGGAAGUCUUUCAGUGUCCAGAUCGCAGAUGUUAUUGUCAUAUUCUUGGGCUUAGCAAGUGUUUGUAUUGUUCGAAUCCUCGAGGUGGCUUCAGGCCCACCGCAACUCAAAAAGUGA